AUGUCUUCCCUCGAGAAAUUGACUACCUUGUCAAAUGAAAUAUCGAAGAACACCAAAAUCCUUACAGACUAUCUCUCAUCGAAGGGUCUUGAGGCCCCAUCAUUCGAUGUCGAUGGUCUAGAUGAGUUUCCCAUUUCUCCAGAGGACGAGGAACCAUUCAAAGCUCGCCUCGCCCUCAUUGCCGCGACCAAGGAGCUAUAUGAUAUUUCUCUCGGCCCCAAAGAGAGUCUUCGCUAUCUGGCCUGGGAUGCAGCGAAUAAUCUCUCCCUCCAAGCUGUAUAUGAAUUCAAAAUCGCGGAGAAUGUCCCUCUCUCCGGGUCAAUUUCGUAUCAAGAGCUCGCUGAGAAAGUCAAUGUGCCUCUCCUAAAACUACGGCCUCUCAUCCGUCAUGCGAUGACGAAUCACAUCUUCCAAGAGCCGGUAAAAGGGUAUGUCGGACACACGCGGACUUCUCGGCUUCUUGUUGAGGAUAAACCCCUUCAUGCUUGGGUGGCGUUCUAUUGUGAGGAUUUGUGGGUUUCCAUGACGAAUGUUGUCAAGUCGAUGAAGAAGUGGCCUGGAAGCCAAGAACCUAACCAGACGGGAGUCAACCUCGCGUUUGGGACUGAUCUCCCUUGGUUUGAUUUCCUGCAAUCGGACGAGGCCCUUGCGAAGAGGUAUAAUUUGGCCAUGCAGUCUGUUGGCGGAGGUGAGGGUUUUGCGAUGCACCAUGUUGUUGAGGGGUACCCAUGGGCGGGACUGCCAGAUGGUGCCACGAUAGUUGAUAUGGGAGGAAACCAAGGCUACAUCUCUUUCGCCAUCGCAGAAAAGUUCACCAAGCUCAACUUCAUCGUCCAAGACACUGCAGGAAUGCGCACGACCGAAACUAUCGGCGCUGUCCCCGAAAAUCUAAAAGACCGCGUGACGCUCACUACUCAUGAUUUCUUCACGCCACAGACCGUGGUCGCUGAUGUGUAUUUCUUUCGCUGGAUCUUCCACGGCUUCUCGGAGAAAUACUGUAUCGAGAUUCUUCAAGCCCUAGCGCCUGCGCUGAAGAAGGGCGCGAGAAUUGUGAUUAAUGACGGUACACUACCAGAACCCAACACAGUGACGUAUCUGGAGGAGAAGACUAUGAGGACCAUGGAUAUUAUGAUGCAGGUCACGGUAAAUGCAAGGGAGAGGGAGGUAGAUGAUUGGAAGGAACUAUUUCAAGCAGCGGAUCAGAGAUAUAAGUUCUUGAAGGCUUGGAAGCCAGAGAAGAGUCGAAUGUGGCUGAUUGAGGCCGAGUGGGACCCAGAAGCCGGUGCUCAAGUAGAGUAG